GAGAUUUACACAGACAGGAAGCAGUGCAGUUUGUUAACUAUCCACCACGAACCCCUUGGAUUAGACGAUAGUUACUAAUAUUGUUAAGUUUGGACUGAUCGCUACCUUUUCAACCAAGGAAACGACAAGGAUAAGAAACUUGGUUGUUUAAAAAAUAUUUUGGUUUUGCUUAUAACUUCGCAAAGUAUAUUUCCUGAUUUUCUUCAGUGACGUACUAUGUGAAGCAAGAUGUUUAUGUGGAAAAUUUAUGAUUUGUGUAAGUUAACUUGCCCACCUAGUGAGUGGGCUUAAACUUUAUGCUCUCUAAGCGCAUGUGGUUUACAAUAUGGGCUGCAUAAUCGCUACCCCUCGAUGUUGCAAAGCAGCUAAUGAGCAAGAACAUGAGGACUUGGUACAAAUACCAAGCACCAGGAGACACUCUGCACCUCCGGUGAGUGGAGGGGAAGUUGCCACGCCUCAGGAGCUGGAUAAGUUGAUAGGGUUGGAGGAGAAACAAUUUUCUGCAAAUAACCAUUUAUUAAGAGGCCGUCUAGAAGAAUUGUCUGAGACGGAGUUGCUUUGGGGGAAGUCUCGCAGAGAACUGGAGGAGAUAAUCUACGGUGAGGCCAUCAUAGGAUGGGAAGGAGAAGACAUCAGGUCUCUUGGUGAAAUUGUAUGGUCCUCCUCAGUUGUCCUUCAUGAGCAAUACACUGAGGAAGAGAGUAAAAGGCACCUCAUCCUCUUUCCUUUACAUCUAUUAAUUUUGGCUGUAGAUGAUAAGAAAAACAAGUUUAUUUAUCAGGGGUUGUUACCGCUAUCAGGAAUUUCAGUCAAAGCGUUAAUGAAGAACACUUUUGAAAUUACUGGGUCGAUGUUUGACUCUAGGAUAAUAACUUGUUCAGAUACUGAAGAGUUUAGAAUAUGGAUGGCCCAUUUGCCAAGGAGAGUGAAGAAAGCCUCCAUCUACCGUCCACAUAAACAGCAAAAGUUGUCCGUACUGGUUCCUUGUGAUGAGAUAUGGAAGAGGCAAGAGCUAGAGAAGUACCUGCUACAAAAUCCCAUUAAAGGCUGGGAAGGAACCCCUAUCCAACAUCUGGGAGACAUCAUUUACUUGUCCAUGGUGAAAAUCAACCUUGUACAGAGUCAGAUAUUUGAAGAAAGGAUCAUGGUUUUAUUUCCUGACGAUCUUAUUAUACUUUCCACCGAUGAACAGAAAACCAUUGUUCAGUAUGAAGGCAGACUUCCUACUCAAAGCAUCAGAGCUUUGGAAAGAUCAGCUCGUAUGGGGCACCUUGAGUUUGAAAUUACAGGCGAUAUGAUGGAGCCUGUGAAGGUCUCUUGUGCAAAGCCAGGCGAAUAUAAAAAGUGGUUUUUCCACCUCCAGAAGCCGGACUAUAGCACCAACACACUGCCUUCCAGUGGGAAGCUCCCACCUAGGCCUCCCAAGAAGAGAAGAAGCUGUCAUUAUUGAGGUAAUCAUUGCACAGACUCAGGAAUCAAGCUCAACAUCAUAAUGACCAGAUUAUGUUUGGAAACCGUGAAGGCUUCAGAACGAUGACGCUGAAGGCACAAAUGCACUGCUCGACCAUCUCCACUGGCUUUGAAACUGUCAUUUUGUUACUCACUAACUGAGUUAGUGAGUAACCAGGAUCUUGUUUCUCUAAGAUGUUCAUUGUUAGCCUCCCUGUCUUACAACUCAUCACAAGCCAAAUGGAGAUAGAUAGGCAAGCAAUUUGCUGACUUCUGCUGUCGCCACUCUGAAACUGACUGCAACAAUAGGCAGCUUGCAUCUUCAUCCCAUGUUCCUUCCCUCCGUCUAACUCUUGACAACAUUGCAGCUAAAAUUCUCAACUUGGUAUGUGGAAAAUCAUAGUCGCAAAGUCGUAACUUACCGUUCUUUUGGACAGCAUGUUAGAACUACAAUGGAUUGGACUUCUAUGGCCACCAGUCAUCAGAUUGUCACUUGAAAUUAGGAAACAGAGAUCCCUAGUAGCCCAACUGAGUACACUGUCUGUCAUAAAGACCAGGAAGGCAUAAGGUGCUACCCCCAUCUACGCUGUGUUAGCUGAUCUCACCUGAGAUUGUGGUAGAGAAGCAUGUCCUUAGCACACCGUUAUGCUGCUAUUGAUUGUUUUCUGGGAUUUGUGUGUGUGUAGAUGUUGAAGAUGGAGUCAAUCCUGGCUGUCAUGCUUCUAAAAUUAAACUCCACCCUAACAGAGAAAGAUCAUUUCCGCGAGAUACUAUAUACAAACUGGCACCCAUGGAACUAUAGGCCAGGAUGAGUCAUGGCUUUCGGACUGGGAGUAAAAACCUGUUUUAAGUAAAUUGUUCUGGGAAAAUGGGCAUCACCUGUAAGGCCGGUAUUUAUCACAUCCCCAGUUAUUGUUGAGAAGGUGUUCGUGGGCCGCCUUCUUGGACAGCUGCAGUCCAUGCGGUGAAGAUGCUCCCAUUGUGAACUUUGAUAGGGACUUCAAGCAUUUUUACCCAGCAACCAUGAAGGAACAGUGAUAAAUGUCCCAAUAAUGUCCUUGGUUUGCUUUUUUUCUUAAUUUAGCGCUGCUAAUGACAUUGGAACUUUGCAUUUGGAGGAGAUACUCAACUCAGCAAUACGAUGAAGCUGAACUAUGAUCACUAGACAGUUGCUUAUUAAUGCAAUAUCAUGGUUCAGCACCACUUGCCAAUUACUUCUUCACUGACUACGUCAUCAGCACUUACAGUUCAAAUAAAAUAAAAUACAUAUCUCUUUAAAAAUUGUCAAAUUAAA